AGUCAGGUGGUGGCCAGCGGCCCCACCGAUCACCGUCACAAUGACGAAAUAUUAAUUUAGUGACGACAAAAUAACGAGUGGUCUGUGAUACGAACUUUUGCUCGUGGCAGCCUAACAUACACCUUAUUAUGUCGAGUUCAGGUGGCGACGAUUUUUUCGAUGAUACAGAGAGUGAGAGUGAAGGAAAGGAAGAUAGAGGGCAGGAAGGGAAUGCCGUCAGAGAGAGGAGUCCAAGUGACAGUGCUUCUACGGAGGAGUCUUUCUCUGAGGAUGAAUUUGCCAAACAACCCAAACAGGAUACUGACAUCCAAAAAAGUGAGGAAGACUGCGACGAUGACAACGACACCGACGUUGAGGAUAACGAUGGAGACCAUGUCUCCGAAAGUGUUCACGAGGAGUCACAGGACGACGGUGAUGAGGGCAGUGGACGCGACGCCUCGGGUGGAGACGAGAGGCUGGUCAACAACGAUCGAAGUGAGGAGCUGGAGAGGCUGUUUGAUACCUCUCCAGCAGACGUCACUUCCACAUCGACAUCACUAAAACCCUCAGGCGCGCGCUCCACCUCAGCCCAAUGCCGAGUGAAGGUGGUGGUUGAGUCAGCUCCCGUAUACAGUUCCUCCCAAACGGACCUCACAGGCACCCGAGUAAAGGACCAGAGUAAUGUUUCCCAAGAGACCGGAGGCAAGGAUGACCAUCCGCCACCUCUGCUUGUGGUUAGGAGUUCCGUGCACAGCCGACCGCCGAGGAAACUGGGCUCCAGAGGUAGUUCACCCAGUUCACCUAGAAGCCCCGGAACGCCGCCCACCACUGACAGCAGAGGCAUCAACCGGAUCCUCACCAAGAAGGAAUCUGCUAUUGCAGGGCGAGGAGCCAUGGGGACGGGAGGUGCUCCGAAAGGACCACUCCUCAGCAUGCCCCCUGGUAGAGAGCAGCCACGCCAGCGACCUCUGGGGAAGUACACUCGGAGCCUCAAGAUGUUGGGCGUGAAAGUACCCCCUGCAGUCCCUCCAGCGCAACGUGCAGGGAGGUCAUCUUCCUCGCAGUCGUGGAAUAGUGGCAGGAAGCUUCACACUCGCUUAACGCGUCGCUCCACUUCCCUGGAGGAUGUGACCCGCGCUAUUCCGCAGGUCAAGACACCCGAAGUCCUCCAUACCCUUCAUGUUGAUGAAGGGCAGCGGGCAACUCUCAGUCAGGCUGUGUACGAGGAAUGGUACUUCGCACGUCGACAGCAAAUCAACGCACGGAAGGUCAAGGACAGGGAGCAGAUACGCAAGGAAGAGGAGAUGAAAGAGAUGGAAAAAAAGUUGAAAGAAAGCAAAGUAAUUGCAGCCGUGUCAGAAUGGGAGAAAAAUAAAUUGGAACAGAUGAAAAAUAUUAAAGAAAAGGUUAGAAGAGAUGCUAACAAGAAGAUGGAGGAAGAAAAAGCAAAGAAUGAAAAGAACAUGCAGGUCUCAGCCACUAUCAUAGCCUGGGAAACAGAGAAAAGGGAACUGGACGCAAAGAAGAAAGAAAAGAUGAGGCUGGAAAAGGAGGCCAAGAGGGAAGCUGAGAAGCAGAAACAAGCCAGCAAAGAAGAAGCUGAAAUGGUGUACAGGAUGUGGAAACAAAGAAAAAUUACUCAGUUAAGGGAAAGACAAAUCAAAGACAAACAACGAAAGGACGAACUUGCGUUUAAGAAAGAGGAAGAGGAACGGAGGAAGAGGGAAGACGCAGAUCUCGCCUUUUACGCCUGGAAAAGAAACAAACUCCAGGACGAAAGAGAAACCACGAGAAAAGCCAUGUACGUGAAAGCUAUCGAGGCGUCAGUGCAAAGCUUAUCCGCUGCUAAGAAACAGGAGGAACGUUCUCGAGAAGCCCUGCAGGCUUACGAGGCUUGGCUGGACCAUGUUGAAGAGCGCGAACCAAUCCGCCUCUAUGAAGAAGCUCGAGCCUCCGCUGUGGUGAAAGGGCGUCCCCCUUGGUGGCCCGGCGGGUCAAGCAAUUCGCUAAUGGGGUGCUGAUCGGUACCCUUCUGUAGCACCAAUAUAUUUCCGAUUCCAUUGCAUGGAACUCUUAUACGGACAAGCAUUCAGCGUUAAGGAGACGGGAUGGGUAAAGUAAAUCUCCACGACGCCGCCAUCCAUGGAACCAAGAGUAAUAUUGUAUAACAGUAACGAUGUGUUGAGCGGAGGAUCCUUGCUGCUGGUUGGCAUGAUCCUCUCAGCGACGCGCUGCAGCUGCGACGUGUAUAUAUAUAUAUAU